UCGGCAGGCCACUUUGUUCAAGUAGUGCAGACUCAAUUUUACCCAGAAGCUCUUUUCGCUAUAAAUAUUGUGAAGGUAACUUAGAGUGGUAACGAUCACCAUCAUGUUCUUCAAACUAGAGUGCUGAGAAGAGUGUACAAAACCGCCCCAAUGUACGCCAUGUAAUCCUCCUCUUGCCGGCUAUGCAUGUAUAGUUACAUCUGUUCGAUAGCGUUGUCACGCACAUGUCAUUAUCAAUGGACUUCGCACCAUUGAAGGAGGCAACGGAUUAAAACUACUGUGUACAUCAUCCAUAGGGUGAAUCAGUUAAAUUGAAAACUGUUUUUAAAAACACAUCCACACCGUCUGCACAGUAACAUCAUCGGCAGUGUAUAACACGAUUCUGGGCCUUGGUCUUGUCGCAUAGUCAGUGUGGAAUAAGUAUAUAUUUUCACAAGAUGACGGAUAAAACUGUGGAGGUAGCUACGGUUUCGAGCCAUCAUACAGUGUCUACAACAUCAACAACUACAACUACCCCGUAUGGAGGAACGACUACUAGCAGUGCCAGCUGCACAUGUGAUUUAAACUAUCUCCGCUCCGUGCAGGGCAUCACCAAAAUAUUGGAAAUUCUGUUGUCGUUUAUGGCUUUCAUCAUUAUGGUCGCCGCUCCGAACAGAAAUGGCAGCUUAAAUUUCUUCCUCUUCGUUGCCAUAGCAGCAUGUGCAGUCUCCUCGAUCAUCCUCCUCCUUUUAUGUACUCAUUUACAUCUUAAAGUUGCUCUUCCGUGGAAUAUAGUGUUUGCAGGUGUUUAUGCAGUUCUAGUUGUGGUUUUCUUCGUUGCGUUCAUCUUUGCCGCAGUUAACGCUGCAAAUUCAUUUCAUGGGUCAGCUACGACCUUGGGGUUCUUUGCCAUCGUAGCGUACAUUGGGAGCCUCGUCUCUGCCGUGCAGGAUUGGCGUCUAAGCCGUCAGAUGAUGCAGCAAACACCCGGUGGUUCGACAGCUGCAACCGGCCCCUUUAGCGGCCAGCAAGAGCCACCUGCCUUCGAGUCACAGUAUUGAACCCGUAGCACUGUUUUUAAUAUUUUACUUCGUUGUCUUUAUAAAAAAAUAUAAAGAAGAAAAAAUAAUAAGUUAUAUGAAAGGGACAACUUGCCUGCGGAUUGGGUGAUUCGGACUAUAACAGCGUUUGUUAUGAAUUGGUUGGGAAGAUAUUUUAAUUAUUAUUGAAGACUAUGAUUCACACGAUACAAAUAUCCCUCGAAGUAGAGUGUGGUUUUCAUUUUACUUCGUGAACUUAAAGAGUCCGCCAUUUUGUGCACUCCAAAGUGUUGUUCUACGAAUAGGCGAACGGUGUAAGUUCAAAAUGCUAAAAGUAAACCACACAAUGUCGAGGUAGUGGAUCUUUAAAGUCUUCUUUUAAUACCUUUGUCCAACCGUAGUCAAUUAACAAACCCUUUUUACAGGCCAAGGCGCUGAGUGCAACGUGACUCUUUCACCAUUAACUGGCUAAUCCGGUUGGUUUGUUAUCAAACAGCAACAAGCGACGGGCUCCAUCAGGGCUUUCAUUCCGCUAGCGAAGAAUCUAUGUUUGUAUUUAAUUUCAUAUUUAAUGUCAUAUCAAUGUCAGUCAUACUGCAAGUAAUUGAGUGACUACGGGCGAAUACGUUACAGAGCAGUCAAAUUGUUUUCAUGAUAAUCAUCCCGAAAUAGUUAAGUUCAAGAAGAUGAAGUGGAAGAGGGAUUUAUGUCGUGUAAUUUUGUGAACUAGGACCUACUGAUGAUAACAGGCUGUCAUGUAUUUGACAUGAAACAACCUCCAGAUCCAUUUAGUUCGUACUAUAGGCCUACUAAAAUAAUUUUGCAAUUGUAGCCCUACUAUUUAUUGAGGAGUCCCUUAUUUCCUGGUGCGUCUUUGUUUUUCUCCAUCAAUUAUGCGGAAUAUCAAUUCUAUAUCUUUAACUUCCUUGAUUCUUUUGUAAAUUUUGUGUUGUUUUGGUCAAAAAGAUAAUAGCUAUAAUAACAAUUGGCUUUAUUUGGCUUUUUCCCCCUUCUUUAAAGACUCUGUGGACACUAUUGGUAAUUGUGAAAAACAAGUCUUCCAGGUUGGUGUAUCUGAACGUAUGCAUACAA